AUGGCUAUCAGUGAGAUCGUCACCGAUGAGUCGCUUUUACCAGUACUGCAGACCAGUGCUGAGACUCUCGUCCAGUGCCAACAGCUGCUCACCAUUCUGAACCCCGAAACCUGCCAAGCCGACAAGCUCCAAGAACUCUCAUUAGCCGCCUCCAAACAACAGAAAGUGUUGUAUGCCCUGCUUGCCCAGCUUCGCGGUCAGAAUCGAGAUGCCAUCUUUCGCGUGCGCGACACCAAGCAAGCAACGGCGGAGGCUCGGCAGGAGAUCGACAGGCUACAUCUGCAACUCCAGAACUUGUAUUACGAGCAGAAGCAUCUGACCGGGGAAAUUGCUGCAUGUGAGGCCUAUGACCACAAAUACCUAUCCCUCCCUUUGAUACCGGUCGAAGAAUUCCUCGAGCUUCACCCCGAACACCGUGAAACCAACGAGCAUGACUUGAUGAUUGCCCGCAUCAAUCAUGAGCACGCCGAACGAGAAAAGCUGGAGCAAGCGCGGCAAGAACUGCUGAAACGCAAGCAAGCUCUGAUCGCCGAGAACAAGAAGAGGAAGGAUGAUCUUGCCAACCUCGACCAAGAUCUCGAGAAAUUCAUUGAUGCUGCCAAACCUAUCCAAAAGAUUUUCGAGAAGGAAUACUAG